AUGUCGGACCCCUACUAUCGACAAGGCCCUGGAUAUCCUAUGUACGGCAACUCACCUGCUCAGCAAAAUCAGCAAUACCAGUCUUAUCAGGCUCCCUCUCCGGUCGCGACACCAUAUUCUAGGCCACCUCCGCAGCAGCCUUCACCAUACCCCGCAUCCGGUCAGCAGGCUUAUGCACGUCCUCCACCGCCGCCGCCUACAGGCCAGCCCUAUGGAUCUUCGGGAUCGCCGUACCCUGGACAACAAUCUCAAUACCCUGGACAGCAAUCCCCUUAUCCUGGCCAACAGCCAGUGCAACAAUCUUCCUAUUCACGGGACCAACAACCUAAUGCUGGACAACAAGCCUAUCCCGGACAACAGCCUGCCUAUAACCAAGGACAAUACCCGCCCCAGGGGGCUCCGUACCCCGGUGGCCAGAGCCGCCCUGGACCUUCGCCUGGCCCGCCUGGCCAGUAUGGCGCGCCCGGCGGUCCCCCCGCACAGGCUGCCCCGCCUACCCAACAGCAAGUCUCAGCGUAUCGUCAGCUGCUGAUUAGCACUAUCCAGGAGAAGAAUAUCCAAAGCUUCUACCCACCCGAGCGCCUAGAUCGACUUGUGCAAUCGCUGGCCAGGGACGCACCGGCCAAGCUGCAGAAGCUGAUCCACGAAUGGAAUGUGCCCAUGGAGGUGGCUACGGACGUGAUGAAGCUGGCACUGUUCGACGUUAUUCUGUAUGUGGACGACAGUGGAUCCAUCGAAUUUGAAGAAAAGGGACUGCGGAAAGACCAGUUGCGCCAGAUUCUUGCAAUUGUGGCUACCGCAGCCGCAACCUUUGAUGAAGAUGGUAUCUCGGUGCGAUUCAUGAACUCCUCGGAAUCUGGUGACGGAAUCCGCAGUGCGAAUGAUGUCGAAGCGCUGGUCGCUCGUGUUCGGUUCUCGGGAUUGACACCCCUUGGUACUGGCUUGAAGAGCAAGGUCAUUGACCCUAUGAUCGUCGGUCCUGCCCGUUCUGGUCGUCUUGAUAAGCCAGUGCUGGUUAUUACCAUCACCGACGGCCAGCCCGCUGGUGAGCCUCAUAGCAGUGUGAACGACGCCAUCCGCUAUGCUGUCGAUGAGACUUCACGCACCCGUUACGGCCGUGGUGCGGUAUCUUUCCAGUUCUCACAGGUCGGCAAUGACCAGCGGGCACGUGAGUUUCUGGGUGAUUUGGAUGAGGAUCCUCAGAUCGGCAGCCUGAUUGAUUGCACGUCGAACUUCGAAGUGGAGCAGGAUGAGAUGUCGCGUGCUAACCCUCCGGUGCAUCUGACUCGGGAACUUUGGUGUGCGAAGCUGAUGCUCGGCGCGAUCGACUCAUCGUACGACACCAAGGACGAGAAAGCAGCUGGACGUCCUAGCGGAGGUGCGCCUCCCCAGGCUCCUUAUGGUGGAUACAAUCAAGCGCCAUCUGGUGGUCAAUCCGGGUAUGGGGCCCCACCACCUGGAUACCAGUCUGGACCGCCCCAGAGCUCCUACCCUCAGCCCGGCUACAGUCAGCCCCCUCAGCAGGGACAAGGGCAGCAAGGCCAGGGCCAGGGCCAGGGCCAGGGCCAGGGCCAGCAGCCCUAUUCGGGCGCAAGUCGUGGAUCUCCAUAUGGACAGCCCCAGUAUGGAUAUCCCGCUGGAGGUGGUUACCCACCACCACCGCGUCGCUACUAA